AUGUCAAAAAAAUAUAUUCAUACUGAAAAUAAAUACGAAGAAAAAGGAAAACACUUUAAUGCUCAAAAUGGAAGUCAAAAUUUUAGCCAAGAUGCAUUAAAACAGUUUUACAAUUCAUGGGAUAAAUUAUAUAAAGAAGAAAUAAAAAAUGAAGAACGAAAAAAUUUUAUAAAAUGUGAUGAAGACGGAACUGAAAAAGAUAUGGAAAAUGGAAAUAAAGAGUAUUUUAAUUCAUAUGCUUAUAUACAUAUACAUGAAGAUAUGAUAAAAGAUGAAAUAAGAACAAGAAGUUAUUAUGAUGCAAUCAGAAAAAAUGAACACUUAAUAAAAGAUAAAAUAGUAUUAGAUGUUGGAUGUGGAACAGGUAUUUUAUCUUUUUUUGCAGCAAAACAUGGAGCCAAACAUGUAUAUAGUAUAGAAAAAAGUAACAUAAUAUAUACUGCAUUAAAUAUAAGAGAUGCAAACAAUUUAACAGAUAAAAUUACAUUUAUAAAAGGGUUAGCAGAAAAUAUAACACUUCCUGUAGAAAAAGUUGAUAUUAUUAUAUCUGAAUGGAUGGGAUAUUGUUUGCUUUAUGAAAAUAUGCUUGAUACUGUUUUAUUUUGUAGAGAUAAAUGGUUAAAACCAGGUGGUAUCAUAUUUCCUGAUAAAGCUUAUAUGUAUAUUGCAGGUAUAGAAGAUAGCUUAUAUAGAGAAGAAAAAUUUGAUUAUUGGAAACAUUGCUAUGGAUUUAAUUUUACACCCGUUGUUCCUAUUUUAAAAGAAGAAGUAGUUAUUGAUUAUGUUGAUAAAAAUUAUGUAGUUACAAAUUCAAGUUGUAUAUUAAAAUUAGAUUUGAAUACAUGUACAAAAGAAGAUUUAUCUUUUGUAUCUCCAUUUACCAUUACAAUGACAAGAAGAGAUUAUAUACAUGCUCUUGUUAUAUGGUUUGAUAUAUCUUUUUCUGCUUGCCAUACAGAUGUAAGUUUUACUACAGGACCAUAUGGUCCUAAUACACAUUGGAAACAAAUUGUUUUAUAUACUAAUCAUAUUAUUACUGGGGAAAAAAAUGAAACAUUAAAAGGCAUGUUUGCUCUCAAAAAAAAUGAACAAAAUAAUAGAUAUAUAGAUAUGAAGCUACAUUAUAAUUUCUCUGGUGCACAUUCUAAAGUUGAAAGUACACAGUUUUUUAAUAUUAGUUAG